AUGAGUGUUACCCCAGAAGUCAAGAGUCGUGGGAUGAAGUUUGCUGAGGAACAGCUGCUAAAGCAUGGAUGGACUCAAGGCAAAGGUCUGGGCCUGAAGGAGAAUGGCAUCACCCAGCCCAUCAAGGUGACACUGAAGCAGGAUACUCAUGGGGUAGGACAUGACCCUGCCAAGGAGUUCACAAACCACUGGUGGAAUGAGCUCUUCAACAAGACUGCAGCCAACUUGGUAGUGGAAACUGGGCAGGACGGGGUACAGAUAAGGCACCUUUCUAAGAAGUCUACCCAUCGUGAUCGUCCCAAGCCCAACUUGAUGUAUCAGAAGUUUGUGAAGAUGGCCACGCUGACCUCAGGUGGAGAGAAACCAGACAAGAACUUGGAGAACAGCACUGAUGACGACAGCCAGGGGCCCAAGUCCCCAAAGAUUCUGACUGAUGAGAUGCUACUACAAGCCUGUGAGGGGCGGACAGCACACAAGGCUGCCCGUCUUGGGAUCACAAUGAAGGCCAAACUUGCUCGGCUGGAGGCCCAGGAACAGGCCUUCCUGGCUCAUCUCAAAGGCCAAGACCCUGGGGCCCCUCAACUACAGUCUGACAGUAAGCCUUUGCAAAGAAAGAAAAAGAAAAAGAAAAAGAAACACAAAGAGGAGGAAGAAGCUAUAGCAACUGAAAGGAAUGGGGAAGAGAAACACCCAGAACAGACUGACCAGAGUAUAAGGAAAAGCAAGAAGAAGAAAAAACAUCGAGAAGAAAAAGGCCCAUAUGAGAGAGGGGGAACUGUAGAGAAGGAAGAGGCUACAGGAACAAGUGGGCUUGGGGAAUUGAAGAGCAGAAAACAAACUGAUCAGCCCCUCAGAAGAAAGAAGAGGAGGCAGCAGCAGGAGGAGGAGGGGAUCUUAGAUAAAGGAGGAGGAGGAAAUAAGGAAGGUGUACGGAGUGUCAGGACAAAGGAGGUGGAGAACAGAGCAUACACUGACCCAUCCAGCAGAAGCAAGAAGAGGCAACAGUGUGAAGAGGAGGAACAGAGCAGUUUAAACACAGAGGAUGAAGAUGAGGGGGCUUCUGUAGAUGGUAGGACCAGGGACGUAGAAGACAGAGCAUGCAGUGACCCAGGUAGCAGGAGAAGCAAGAAGAAAAGGCGGCAACAUCAAGAGGAGGAGGAGCUCUUGGACAUGAGGGAUGAAGAACAUGAGAAUGCAUGGGGUGGCAGGACUAGGGAGGUAGACAGAACACAUCCUGGGCUAAGCAGCAGAGAAAAGAAGAGGAAGCAGCAGUAUCCACAGGAGGAAAAGGCUGGAGUCAGCACUGGCCAGAGAGCCAAAAAGAAGAAACGGAAGGAGAGAGACUGA